ACCAGGAGAGGAGGAGGAGACAAGGGCUGUCAGGACACAGUACCCAACAACGUCCCGACUGACAGCUCCUUGAAAGACGCCACGGGACACAUGACCCAACACCAACCCGACCAGCAGCCCCGUGAAAGACGCCGCGGAACACAGCACCCAACACCAACCUGACAGGCAGCCCAGCAGAACAAGCCACGGAUCGACAGCAGAGGUUGUCCUGGCACAGCGACGGCAGCUUUACGAACACUCCAGGUACACGGCAUCUAAUCUAGAGGAACUACACAGAGACUGUAAAAGCUACAGACAGUGGCUACAGAGCAACUACUAAGAAGUCAGUGGUUACAGAGCAACUACAACAACAACCUUCACCACAGCUCCACGGCCAGCCAGUGAUGAUGAUCUGCAGCAGCCUGACAGGGUCGGAGGAGUUCUCUGAGGAGGAGCUGGAGCUGCACAUUCUGGGUCAGGGGGAGGAUGAUGAAGGGAGCGACGGCAACCCUAGGGGCCCCUUCCAGGACAGCGAGGGCUCGGACUGCAGCCCCCCCAGCGACAACCCCGAGGAGGGCCAGGCCAAGAAGCGCAGCCGCCCAGUCCGCUCCAAGGCCCGCCGUGUGGCUGCCAACGUCCGUGAGCGCAAACGCAUCCUGGACUACAACCAGGCUUUCAACGCUCUACGUGUGGCACUCAACCACGACCUUAGCGGCAAGCGGCUCUCCAAGAUUUCCACCCUGCAGAGGGCCAUCAACCGCAUCUCGGCCCUGUCUGUCUUCCUCAGCUCCAACCCCCCCAGUAAGCCCUGCUCCCACCGGGAGUGCCACAGGCUGGCUGGGGGGCCAUUGGCGGUGGGAAUGGUGAGGACGUCACGGCUGGACCCGCCCAGGGUGACAGUCACUCCUCGCCAGGAGCCCCAAAGCUACGUCUCCUGGCACCAGGCAUCACUCCCCCACCAGAUACAGCCCCAGCAGGGCACCCACCCACACAGGCUGCCAACAGAGACACACCUCUACAUGGACAGCAUGGGCUCCUCGUGCCCCCCCUCACCACACUACCCAUGCUACCCCGCCGAGGGCCAGUUGUACCCAUCACACGGACACUGUGGGACAGGGAACCCCUUGGAGCAGCCGCCCAGCUCUAUCAGGUACACCCAGGUGGGCGAGGGGCUGGGGUACCAAACGGGGGUGUGGGCCUCCUGCGCCCAGGGCUACAUGGACACGUUUGUGGAGCCGUCUCCAGCCUUGGGCCUCCCCUGGCAGGUGAGCUACCUCCAGGAGACAGCAGGCCCCCAGCACAGCCUGUCCCUGCUCUGACACUAGGACCAGACACGUUAUAGCCUAGCUAUCCACCACUGUGAGACCUGAAGCCUGGAGAAUAGACCAGCCAACUGUCCAAAUUAUCUCAGGGAAAAAUAAAAAGAAGUGAGCUUCAUGUGCUCUCACUGUUGCAAUGGAUUCAGUAUUACAGUGCUACACUCUAAAGUAGAGCAGAAACACUGAUUUAAAUGUGUUAUCUAACAAUGUAAAUUGUCAUAUGGCAAUGUACAUUUCAGAAUGUUUUAAACAUGUUUUUUUUAUUUCAGAUCAUAAAGCCAAUGAAUGUUAUUCUUAUAGAUGGAAAACUUUCAACUGCUCAAAACACACACUUCACUUGUCCAAAGUGUUGUGUGUCCGAAUAUAUAGCAGCAAUCCUCUUUACAAACCCAAAGAACCAGCUUAUUUGAGUUUUCUAUAUUGCAUUAUUGUACUCAUGUAUAUGGAUGCUACAGCUUGUGUACUAAAGUUUUGAAACUUAAUAAUAAACCAUUUUUGAAAAAUA